UGCGACAUGUUGGACCCAUCCUUAAUUUUUAUAUUCCUGCAACAAUUGAAAUAGCAGCCUGGAAUUUCCACUCAAAUCACCAAUCACACACACACACUAACUAACAGUUUCUUAAUUAUAAGUUCCACUUGUUAAACUGACACUUGAAAAGAAACUAGCAAGAACUUAGAGUGUGUGAGAGAGAGAGAGCAAUUAAUAUAAAGCUUGUUUUUCUUUUUUUUCCUUAGAAAAAAAUGGAGAAAAGGGCAAAUCUCUUUGUUUGUGUUUUACUCACAACUUUAGUUCUAGCUGUACUUAUUACAUGUUCAAAGGCAGGGGAAUUAAAAGGUACAUUUGAUGAUAAUUUCAGCAAAAGCUGCCCGGAAACCCAUUUCAAAACAUCCGAAGAUGGCCAGAUUUGGUACCUCUCUCUCGACAAGCAAGCCGGAUGCGGGUUUAUGACAAGACAGAGAUACCGAUACGGGUGGUUUAGCAUGAAACUCAAACUCGUCGGCGGAGAUUCCGCCGGAGUUGUCACCGCUUAUUACAUGUGUUCGGAGAAUGCGGCGGGGCCAGAGAGGGACGAGCUCGACAUCGAGUUCUUGGGUAACAGAACAGGGCAGCCUUACCUCCUACAAACAAACAUCUACAAGAACGGAACCGGUAACCGUGAAAUGAGACACGUGUUAUGGUUCGACCCGACCGAGGAUUUCCACACCUACUCCAUUCUUUGGAACACUCAUCAAAUAGUGUUCUUUGUGGAUCAAGUGCCGAUUAGGGUAUUCAAGAACGCAAACUACACGAACAAUUUCUUCCCGAGUGAGAAACCGAUGUACUUGUUCUCGAGCAUAUGGAACGCCGACGACUGGGCGACGAGGGGCGGGGUGGAGAAGACGGACUGGAAAAAGGCUCCGUUUGUAUCGUCGUACAAAGAGUUCAACGUGGACGCGUGUCAGUGGGAGGAUCCGUACCCGGCGUGCGUGGCGACGACGGCAGAUAACUGGUGGGACCAGUACAAGGCGUGGCACUUGUCGGAAGAUCAGAAGCUGGAUUAUGCUUGGGUGCAGAGGAACCUUGUUAUUUAUGAUUAUUGCAAAGAUACUCAGAGGUUUCCUAAGUUGCCUGAGGAGUGUUGGCUCAGCCCAUGGGCUUGAAUGUAAUUACUUAUUAGUAGUCUUUAAUUACUAUUGCAUAUGAGAUCUAUAUUUCUUUACUAUUGAUGCAUUCCUUGAUUAUUUAUUGAAAUUAUGUACACCCCAUUUAUAGA